UCCUGUGUUUCAUGACUGCCCCUCGCGAGCGAAAGAACUGCAGUGUUUGUGUGUUUUCUAAACUCAGGAGUCUUGGCUAAAGAAAAGAACGGCAGGGUGAUUUAAAGAAAUCCCCUGUCAAAGUGUCUUAAAGCCACAGCGUUCAGUCUUAUCUGCAGCUUUCUGCCACUGACGGCUCAUUUCAUCUUGUGUGUCUCAGCCAUGUGGACACAGCAGACAAACUUCUUCUUGUUGGCCACAGUCUCUUAUGUGUCAGCUGCUGCAGAUGGUCAGAUCAGAUUAGCUGGGUCUGGGUCGACUCGCUGCUCUGGAAGAGUUGAAAUCUAUCACCGUGGCUCCUGGGGAACAAUCUGUGAUGAUGACUGGGACUUAAAAGAUGCUGCGGUGGUCUGCAGACAGUUAAACUGUGGAACAGCACUGAGUGCCACUACAGAUGCUCACUUUGGUGAAGGAACUGGGCCGAUCUGGCUUCAUUAUUUGGUCUGUGCAGGAACCGAAACGUCGCUACGUAAGUGCGAUCAUGGAGGAUUUCGGCAACAAGACUGUGGACAUCAUGAGGAUGCUGGUGUCAUCUGUUUAGGGGUCAGGCUAGCUGGGUCGACUCUGUGUUCUGGAAGAGUUGAAAUCUACCACAGAAACUCGUGGAGAACAGUCUCUGAUGAUGGCUGGGACUUCACUGACGCUCAGGUGCUCUGUAAUGAGCUGGACUGUGGAACGCCAGUUAAUGUCACACACUUUGGUGAAGGAUCAGGAGAAAUCUGGUUUGAUAAUGUGACGUGUUCAGGAAAUGAAACAUCUCUAACUGAGUGCAGAAGAUCUGAGAUAAAAAGCAGCAGACUCCAUAAAUAUGCUGGUGUUAUCUGUUCAGUUCCUCUGCAGCAGCCCAGCAUCUCUCUGACGUCUCCUAAUGGAGGACUGGUCUGGGGUCCUGAAGGUGCAGAGAUCACCAAGGGCUCCAGCUUUGUCUUCAGCUGCUCCAUUAACUCCAGAUAUACUUCAGGCUGUUUCAGGCUCUUCUUCUCUGGUGUGAACCUCACAGAGCCUGCAGUCAGAAACUCAGCCAGCUUUAGUUUCCCUGCAGCUGAGUAUGAACACCAGGGCAGCUACAGCUGUGUGUAUGAGUUACUGCUGCCAUCAAGGACAUUCACUUCUGCUGAGUCAGCACCAAUUCGUCUCAUCAUCACAUAUUUCCCAGAAACAUGUUGUAAUCGUUUUCUCUCGUGGUUCCUUGGUGGCUGCUGGUGGUGUCAGCAGCUCCUGGGAUCCUGGUGCUCCUGCUGGUCCUGUUGGUGGUCGCUCUGGUCCUCUGGAGAAGACGACGAGCCAGGCGGUUUGAUCCCAACGUCCUGAUCCAAAGUCUGUGCUCAUCAGAACAAACAGUAUACAGUGGAAAUAAGUUUCUGACACUCUGUUGAAUUCACCAUUUUAACCUUUUAGAAAUAAAUGAUCAGUUUAUAAUUUCAUAAUUGAUCAUUUUAUAGCAGGUUUAUUUUAACAGUGGAAGGCAUUCUGUACCAGUUACAAAUAAAUGUGCAUUUUAGUGGGAAAGAAGUAUUUGAUCCUAACUGUUGUUGACAAGCACAGCUGUGAGAUGUUUCCUGUAGCAGGUCACCAGGUUUGUCUCAGCUGAUUUUAAACUUCUCCUCAGUGCAGAGCAGAGAUGAGCAGUAAUGCAUUACUUGUAACGCGUUACUGUAAUCCGAUUACUUUUUUCAAGGAAUGAGUAAUGUAAGGGAUUACUAUUGCGAAAACGGUAAUUAGAUUACCGU